CUAUCGUAAAAUGUUGGCGGUCUAAGUUCCUUUUGAUUGUACUUACGAUAUUUCCUCUACGAAUAUAUCAUCUAGAUGCCAUUUACCACACCAGCUUGGAAUGUUUGAACACUGAAAUGGCGCAAAACCAAACCAAUAACGGGCUAGUGUAUUACAAUGUAAUCCAAGGAAAAGACGUGUUCGACUUCACACAGAAAGUCCAUGAAAUACCACGACAAUGUUUACUGGGAUUAAUAGCUCUAGCGUCCUUGGAAGUGGGGUUGGUCUUGCAAUGGCAGGCAGCCUCAUGGGGCCUACCGUUGAUACUGAUCAAUGAAAAACAUUUAAUCCACUCUUCAUCACAGAAUAUGCUGGAUUUUUCACUAGAUUGUCGCCUCCUGAAUCAGGCGUUUGUGUCCUUAGCACGAGAACAGAGAUGGCACACAUUACAUCUAAUACACGACGAUAGUUUUGAUUGCCUUUGUCUACAAGAUCUCUUUUAUCGGCUUAGUUUAUCUCGCAUCUCCACCAACACCAUCAGCGUAACAGAAAACACCAACCCAACUGUUGUCUUGACGCUCAUCAAGAGAAAAAAGACCAGUGAGACUGUUUACAUUAUAGCUGACCGGGAACAAACUCUGCGGAUAUUGUCAGAAGCUGUUUCUAUGGAGAUGUUAAACCCACAAUACCGCUGGGUACUAUAUAUGGAUCCCAACACAUUGCAAAAUAGCACCAUACCUGGAGCGCUACACCAGGGAUUCUUGCUGAUCCUGUUCAACGAUCUGCAGAGUAAAAAUUACAGUAUUUUAGAAUCUACAAAUCUUCAAUCCUAUUUUACUUCGAUAAAUGCCAUAAAUGUAUACAGCACGUGGACAGAGAGUGGGGUGUUUGAAGAAGUAGCUCGAUAUACCAAAGACAAGGGGCUUCUAAUGUUUGACGGACGUCUCUACAAAAAUGGCUUUCGUAACUUUGGAAACAGACUCCUGAGAGUUGUUUCAGUUGUGAGUGCUCCCUACACCAUGAGGACCAUCACAAAGGAAGGGAAGCCAUAUUAUUAUGGAUUUUGUUACGACAUUCUUGAUGACUUUGCAAAAACAUUUAAAUUUAGAUACGAAUCCGUCGACUCAGUAGAUGGUUUAUAUGGAAACCCAACGGAAGAUGGCUUGAACGCAACCGGCAUGGUUGGAAUGGUGAUGAGAGGGGAAGUUGAUAUUGGUGUGGCACCUUUUGCGCAAACAACAAAACGUGAUCGUAUCAUCGAUUAUGUUUUGCCAUUUGAAGAAGACGGCAUGGGAAUCCUUAUGAAAAGUACAGAAAACAAAAUGCAAAAGAUUUUUCAAAUCUUUCGACCUUUGUCUCCAUCAUCGUGGCUUGCUAUCGCAAUCGCUGCAUUGAUAACAUCGCUCGCUCUUUACCUUGUAACGAAAUUAAAUCCAAAACUACGGAAAAGGGAUUCUUCUCUGCGCAGAAGUUUCUGGGUAGUAAUCGGUACAUUUUUUGGACAAGAUGAUGGAAUUCGUCCUAAAUUUCCAUCUGGAAAAGUCAUUCUUGGACUUUGGUGGAUCUUCACCAUAGUAAUAACGGCACUGUACACCGCUAAUUUGGUGGCAUUUUUGACGGUUUCUCUGGCCACAACCCCUAUAAAGAAUCUAGAGGAACUUGCUUCUCAGACAGUCUACAAGCCUCUUGUCGUUCAGGAAACCAACCACCAUGCCAUGUUUAAAGAUGCUAAAGGAGGUCUAUACUCAAGGAUCAGGGAAAAGAUGUCAGAUAUGCCUAAAAUCAAUACAGUAGAAGAGGGCUACAAAUUAGUGGAAACUGGUCGCUAUGCACUGCUAUGGGAUUACUCACAAUUUCUGUAUUUGAUAAAUACUGAAUGCAGCUCUCUUGAAAUCGCCCAGGAGUCAAUUAGUAAAAUCACCUUGUCCUUCAUCGUUCCUAAAAACGCACCAUACAAAGAAGCCUUUAAUUAUCACAUGAUGAAAAUGUUAGAAAAUGGAGUGUUGUCAAAAUAUAGAUCCAAGUGGUGGAAGAAAAACCAGUGUGCUAGAGAAUCGAAAACAACGAUAUUGGAAAUAGACCAGAUUUCCGGGAUAUUUGUCGUGUAUGCGGUUGUCCUGUGUUUCGUUAUCAUUAUAUUCGCGUUUGAAAUUUUUUAUGCUGGACGAAUCCAAAGAAAAAGGAAUAGAAACUACAGAGAGGAAAAUAUUGAAAUGAGAAACAAUAUUUCAGUAUCAGGAGAGCAAAAUACUUUCACAGAUAUACAUGUACAGAAUGUAUCUAGAUAAAAAAUAUUAUA